AUGGGCUCGUUAAACAUCGUAACUGAUCUUGCUUUGAUUCUCUUCCCCAUUCCAAUGCUCUGGAGAAUGACAUCUCUCGACUUUCAGGCUAAGCUACAGUUAACCCUAUUGUUCCUAGUCGGCAUAUUGGUUGUUGUAAUAACAAUUACGCGACUGCCUCUGAUAUUAAGUCACUCAGUGGCUCAAACUACACGUUCUCUGUGGGCAUCCAUUGAGAUAGUCUGCGCAAGCAUUGUUGCAAAUGCCUCAUUUUAUUAUGCCCUUUGGCAAGGAUCAAAUCGAUACCGCGCCCGGCCUGCUGAUUACGACGACUCGUCUACACCAUUCCAACUUUCACAUCGGCCUAGGAAUGAAAGUGAUAGCCGCCUCAGCACACCGUAA